AUGUCUGGAAGAGAAGAAGAAUGGGGUCUGGCUCGCUGGGGGCGGCAAGUGAGUGAAGACCUGGAUAUCGACCACCUGCUGGCCGAUCUGUCACCUGAGGAGGUGGAAGAGCUGGAGAACGAGCUCACCAUGAUGGACCUGGACCCCUCUGUGCCGGUUGGGCUCAGACAGCGCAACCAGCUGGAGAAAGCUCCGGCGACCGUUCACAACCAUGGGGCUGAACUGGACCUCCGUUAUCGAGAACCCAAGAAACUCUUUGAGAGAGAGUUCUCCUCACAGGCAGAUGCUUCAAAAAUGGAGAUAAACAAAGACAGAAGCCUUUGUCUGUCAGAUAGCCAAGGUGACCCCAGCAACAGCAGUGAAGGAGGGCUGGUAACUGGACAUAGCUCCAAGGAGAGGAUGGUGCCAAAGAACUGGAUUAGUGAUCCAAGAGAUCACUGUGCUGGUUCAUCAGACAGGCCAAGCAGAGGGGAAAGGAGGGAUAAGGACAAGAUCAAAUCACAUAAAGACAAUGAGGACAAAGUACUUGGGAAAUCUAUGGAGAGAAAGCCACAGAGGCAAGUUAAAGUCUUUAAACCAAAGGAGAAGUCUGAAAUAGUCAACAGUAAUGAAAGGGAAAAGAAAGAGCAAGUCAAGAAAAUAGAGAAAGGGGACAAAGGAGGGCAGAUGUUCAAGUUAAGUCGACCUCCACAGAAAUCUGGAGAGAAAAAGGUAGAACAGAGGAAUGUAAGAGACAUGGAGGCACAUGGUGCAAUAAGCAUGGAAACUGUACAAAAGGAGGAAACAAGGCUGCAGAAGAAUGAAAAAGAUGAGAAGAAAAACAAGGGGAAGGAGAGGUUGUUGGGUGAAUCCCAAAGGCUCACUGGAUACAAGGACCCUGGGGGCACCAAUGCAUAUGUGAAAAUACCUGUUGAGGCUGGAGAGGUACAAGCAGAGAAUGAAGAAUCAACCACCAAGAAAUUUAAGGAGCUCAUGGAGAAGAUCCGCAACAAUGACCCUGAAACAUUUGAGCUCAAUGUCAACAACUCAAGUGAGCUCAAGCCCCAAACACUCAUUCAGUUAGUUAAGGCACUCAAAGAAAACACACAUGUCAGAACCUUAGCUUUAGCCAACACCCGAGCUGAUGACCAUGUGGCCUGUGCCCUUGCUGACAUUUUGACUUGCAACAAGAUCCUUAACAGCAUCAACCUAGACUCCAACCAUCUUACUGGGAAGGGUAUCCUUGCCCUCAUCAAUGCCUUACAAGACAAUGCCACUGUGACAGAGCUACGCUUCCACAACCAGCGUCACAUCUGUGGUGGCAAGACUGAGAUGGAGAUGGCCAGGCUUCUCAAGGAGAAUAUUACGCUGCUCAAGCUGGGUUACCACUUUCAGCUGCCUGGCCCACGCAUGGUGGUCAACAGCAUACUUAGUGCCAACAUGGAUAAACAACGUCAGAAACGCCUGAAGGAUCAGAAGCAGGCCCAGGCAGAUGUUAAAAACAAGGUCCCAGAGAAGAAGCGGAUGAAAGAAGACAGCACACAGAUAGGGUACCCUGGAACUUCACCUAAAUCUUCACCACAGCACUCAAAGUCACCCUCCACCAGGAUAACCCCCAGACAGAGUAGAGAGGGUGAAGACGGGGCCAGUGCUGCAAUCCCUGAACCUCCACCACAACUACCACCUGCUCCUGUGCUGAAUGGUGACCUUCUGCGGAACUCUCUCAAACCAGUCUCGGAGAGAAAGCAGGAUGAUCAGAGCGGUGGGCAUGGGCUUGAGAGGAACCUCAGAGACCAACUCCUGGCCUCCAUUCGCAACAGCAGUGUAUAUCAACUCAAAAAGGUUAAGGUGCCAAAUCGACUGUGA